AUGACAGGCGCUCCGCCAUAUAACGCCCAGUCCCCGUCCCAACAGCCACGGUAUCCGGCCUACACCUCUCCCAAUAAGAACCACCCGUAUUACCCGAACAAUGAACAACCACCACAGUACCACCAGCACCCGCCCCAGACACCACCCGCGUUCGGCCCACCGUCCGUCGCGCGAAGCCCGCACUUUUCGCACGCGUCCCCAAUGCCCUCUACGUUACCACCGCCGUUGAAUGGAAGUGCGCCAUCUCACCCGCCUCACCCGGAAUCUUCACAAUACCAAGGGCAUUCGGCGGGUGGCUCUCAGUUACCGCUUCCGCGCCCCUACUCGGGCCCCGUGAUCACAGGCAACGGCGCCUCGCCGUAUAGCUCUGCGACACCGCACGGUCACCCACCUAGUCGCCCAGACGUGCAUUCGCAAUCUCCCACCAGAGAGUCCGAAUCACCAUAUCAUAUGCGAGGCAAUGGUGCUGGAUAUGGACCGUCCAUGAUGCGGGAGCCGAGACCGGCCUCGCCGCAGGGAGCCAAGCCUGCCCGAGCUGCAGACCCCAUGUCCUUCGCCAGCAUUCUUUCAGGCCCGUCGGAAGAGCAACCUGCGAGGAAAGCGUCGCCUCCUCCCGCCCUUGUCCACGCCCACACUCAUGCUCCCCCUCCCUUGGUGCACCGACACAUGGAUCCUACUCCUACGCUUGGAAAUUUGCAACCCAAACACGAGCACCGAAUAGACUUCGAUAGGCGUAUGGAUGUUCCCAGAGGAUCACACGCCACUAACGGGCUCGCCAAGCCAGGUGUAGAAUACCCUGCGCCCAUUCCGCGUGCACCGAUUCGGAGACCUUUCCCACCCGGUGUGGACAUGGAACAAGUCAAUCGAGCUGCGGCCGAGAUCGAUCACGCCGAAAAGAGCGACGUUGAAGACCCUGCGUUCAAUGCGGAACAAGAACGCUAUCGGGAGAAGGGCCACAAACGGUCAGUCGAAAGCAGUCGCGCAGAAGAGAUUCGACGAAAGCGGCGCCGCAAUGAGUUCCUGGUCGAUCUAGGCCGAUCCUUCGAAAGACAAGCCAUCCUUGGUACCGAACGAUUCCGGAGGAACAACGAAAAUGCUGUUAUGGCCGAGGUUCAGCAGAAGGAGAUUCAAGAUGAGAAGGAACGCAAGAAGGACAUGCAGCGCAAGCGCCGUCGCGAGAACACCGUGCGCCAGGAAAUGCAAAAGAAACUGGAGGCCGAGCGUAAAGCAAGCAAGGCUCAGGAACCUGGAGAACGGGCCAAAUUCUUGCGCGAAGCUGAGCGGGCUCAGAAGAAGAUUCGCACUACCAAGCGCGCUUUGGAGGGUGGUGAUGGCCAUGAUGAGCUUGGCGAGGUUACUCCGCUUGCUCCAAACCUCGAAGGCGGGACGACAAGUCAGUUCCAUAUCGGUCGUUCCUCGCCCAGCCGGCGUAGGUCAGGCCGCGCUGGUCCCGUCACCCGUCCCAAGAAAUCCAAGGAGCAGAAGCAGGCCGAGAAGGAUCUUGCCGAAGCUGCUUGGAAUGCUGGUUUGGAUGACGACUUGUAUCUCACUCCGAGUGCGAGAAAGGAUGCUCGACGUUCGAAGGAAGGAACUCCCAUGUCACAGCUACACUACGAUAGCAAGGGCUACAAUCAGAUCUACGAGCAGAUCUGGCGCGACAUCGCACGUAAGGAUAUCCCGAAGGUCUACCGUAUCAAAACUACUUCUCUCUCCACUCGCCAGGAGAACUUGCGCAAGACAGCCCAGCUGGCUAGUAAGCAGUCUCGCAAAUGGCAGGAGCGUACGAACAAGAGCACCAAGGACACCCAAGCCCGUGCUAAGCGGACGAUGCGUGAGAUGAUGUCAUUCUGGAAACGCAACGAGCGUGAGGAACGUGACUUGCGCCGUGUGGCUGAGAAGCAGGAGCUUGAGUCAGCCAAGAAGGCAGAGGCAGAUCGCGAAGCGAACCGUCAGAAGCGCAAGCUCAACUUCCUUAUCUCGCAAACAGAAUUGUACUCUCACUUCAUUGGACGCAAGAUCAAGACCGACGAGGCCCAGGGCGACAGUGCUGUUUCUGCUACCGGAGAGACCAUUCAACCAGGCAAGCCGAACGCUCAUACAAUCAAUCUCCCUGACAGUGUGGCCAAUCCUAACGCCAAGACCACGGCGUUUGAGGAUCUCGACUUUGAUGCCGAAGAUGAAACCGUUUUGCAACAGGCUGCCAUGGCCAAUGCGCAAAAUGCGGUGCAGCAAGCCCAGGACCGUGCUCGGGCCUUCAAUCAACCAGGAGAAGGUGACAAUAUGGCAGCGUUUGACGAUGGAGAGAUGAAUUUCCAGAAUCCUACUAGUCUGGGCGAUAUCGAGAUUUCGCAGCCAACCAUGUUGAAUGCUCAGCUCAAAGAGUACCAGCUCAAGGGUCUCAACUGGCUUGUCAACUUGUACGAACAGGGUAUCAACGGUAUCCUGGCAGAUGAGAUGGGUCUCGGUAAAACUAUCCAGUCCAUUUCCGUGAUGGCUUACUUGGCAGAGUUCCACAAUAUCUGGGGUCCUUUCCUGGUCAUUGCGCCGGCAUCAACAUUGCACAACUGGCAGCAGGAGAUUACGAGAUUCGUCCCGAACAUCAAGGUGCUGCCCUACUGGGGUAAUGCCAAGGAUCGUAAGAUUCUGCGAAAGUUCUGGGAUCGCAAGCAUAUCACCUACAACCGUGACUCGGAGUUCCACGUUCUCGUCACAUCGUACCAGCUUGUCGUUCUUGACGCACAAUACUUCCAGAAGGUGAAGUGGCAGUACAUGAUUCUGGACGAGGCCCAGGCUAUCAAGUCUUCCUCAAGUUCGCGAUGGAAGAACCUGCUUGGAUUCAGCUGCCGUAAUCGUCUUCUCUUGACCGGUACGCCAAUCCAAAACAACAUGCAAGAAUUGUGGGCACUGCUUCACUUCAUCAUGCCUACUCUGUUCGACUCUCACGACGAGUUCAGCGAGUGGUUCUCCAAGGACAUUGAAUCACAUGCUCAGAGUAACACCAAACUGAACGAGGAUCAGCUUAAGCGUCUCCAUAUGAUCUUGAAGCCAUUCAUGUUGCGUCGUGUCAAGAAGAACGUCCAACAAGAACUUGGCGACAAGGUUGAGAAAGACAUCUUCUGCGACCUGACAUACCGCCAACGUGCGCUGUAUGCCAACUUGCGUAACCGUGUCAGUAUCAUUGAUCUCAUCGAGAAGGCCGCCACCGGCGACGACACUGACAGCAGCACACUCAUGAACUUGGUCAUGCAAUUCCGCAAAGUGUGUAAUCACCCUGAUCUCUUCGAGCGCGCGGAAACCAAAUCUCCUUUCUCUGCUGCAUACUUCGCAGAAACUGCUUCUUUUGUGCGUGAAGGAAACUUUGUCGAUGUUCGCUAUUCGACCCAGAACUUGAUUGAGUACGAAUUGCCACGUCUUUUGUGCAGCUCUACAGGACGACUUGAUCUUCCUGGCUCUGACAAUCCUCGUGUGGGAUUCCAAAACAAGUACUUGUCGCAGUUGAUGAAUGUCUGGACACCCGAAAAUAUCCAGAAGAGUGCACGUGAAAAUGGCGCGUUCUCUUUCCUGCGUUUCGUCGAUACAUCUGCAGGAGAAGCAAGCGAUAUCGCACGAUUGGGCGUCUAUGAGCGUGCAGAGCGCCGGCGCAGCAAGUCGAACAGACUUUCUGGCUUGAACGUCAUCUAUGAUGAGAGUGAUGAUGCGAAGAACUCCAUCUUAGCUCAUUCCAUGUUGAACAUUGUUGAUCGUAAUGACUGCCAGGCUGUUCGAGAAAUCGCUGUCGAGGGGCGCAUGAAGGAUCUCAUGAAUGUCUCACGCUCAUCAUUCGAAGGCCAAGGUCUCCACCUAAUUGAGCCUUGUGCUGGCCCUAAAGCUUCAGCACCGCCCAUUAUCAUGUCCUCCUCUGGUCAACAGGCGCAUCGGGAAACCAACCAUGCUUUGUUCAACCCAUCUGUUCGCCAAGCACUUUCUGGAAACCGCAGCAGGCGACUCGAGGAGCAGAUCCUCGCUAAGAAGCUUGAUCCUGCACCUUAUUCUCACCCGCCUAUGCUGCCACCACCAGUCUCACUCAAGGGCCGCUACAACCACAUCGAGGUACCAUCGAUGCGUCGUUUCGUGACGGAUUCAGGAAAACUAGCCAAGUUGGACGAGCUGCUGCGGGAACUCAAGCCUGGUGGCCACCGUGUGCUUCUUUACUUCCAGAUGACACGUAUGAUCGAUUUGAUGGAAGAGUACCUGACAUACCGGAACUACAAGUACUGUCGACUGGACGGAAGUACCAAGCUGGAGGAUCGUCGCGAUACUGUCGCAGACUUCCAGUCCAACCCCGAGAUCUUCGUGUUCUUGCUGUCGACCCGUGCUGGUGGUCUUGGUAUCAACUUGACGGCAGCCGAUACUGUCAUUUUCUACGAUUCCGAUUGGAACCCUACCAUCGAUUCACAGGCCAUGGAUCGUGCCCAUCGUCUGGGUCAAACUCGCCAGGUCACUGUUUAUCGCCUCAUCACCCGCGGUACCAUCGAAGAACGAAUUCGCAAGCGUGCCCUGCAGAAGGAAGAGGUGCAGCGUGUCGUCAUUACUGGCGGCGCUUCAGGAGGAGUCGACUUCAACACCCGUGCUCGCGAGAACCGCACCAAGGACAUUGCUCUGUGGCUGGCUGACGACGACGAGGCCGAGCUCAUUGAACAGAAAGAAAAGGAAGCCAUCGAACGUGGCGAAACACUUGGUGCCAAGGGUGGAAAGAAGGCCGCUCAGAAACGCAAGCGAGACCUUACGCUGGACGACAUGUACCACGAAGGCGAGGGCAACUUCGAUGACGCCAGCGCAAAGCCCUCAGGUGCCGCCACGCCCGCCGAGGAGCCUAUGGAGACACCUUCAGCCACGCCUGCGAAACGCGGUCGUGGACGUGGUCCAGGCAAAGGGACCUCGAAACGCGCCAAGACUACAAAAGAGCGUCUUCGUCUGAUCGACGGCGACGGAGGCCUUGAUUAA